AAUACAUUUAUUAUGUAGAAAAAGGGGUAGGUGUGGGUUUUUAAACUUCUUGUUAAAGAGUGCCGGAUUGAAUAUUUUCGGAAAAUUCUUUCUAAACAAUAUGAAAAUAAACAAUUUAUUGACAAAUUAUUAAAGUAUUUCUUAUAUUUUCAACUUUGAUAUAAAUUUUAAUUACGAAGGAAACUUCUGCAUAAUUAAAUAUCCUCCCCUCACCUUUCUUAAUUUACAUAUCUUUAAAAAUAUUUCCUUAAAAUCUUCCAAGAAAUUAAAAAAAAAUUAUUUUUUUAAUUAAUAUUUUUUCUUUUUAUUUUUUUUGCAGUCAGAAUUAUUAAAUAAUUUUAUUUUUUUUUGUUGUUUUUGUUGCAAAAAAGAAUAUAUCAAUUUUUGGUCUCUCCCUCUCCCUUCAUUAUUAUCACAACAAAAAAAACAACAUUUCCAUUUACUUACAAAUACAUUUUCCCCUUUUAGACUUUCCAUUUUUACAUUUUUUUUCUUUUUGGUUUUUGUCCUCAACAUAUCUUUGCUCUCGAAGCCUUUAGGCUAAAAUGCUUCCCCCCCCCCCCUCCUUUUUCUUCUUUAUCUAACGCUCGUUAACAAAUUCUCUCUUUUUUUUCAUGCAUUCCUUUAAAAAAAUUCUUUUUUGAGGGGAUUCUUCUAUUUUUUAAUAUUAAAAAAAGAAUUUUAUAAAAACCAAAAGAAAUUUUUAAAAGAAAUACGAAACUUUUCUUUUUUUUUUAAUUUUUAUCCUUUUUUUAACCUUUCUUAAAAAAGAUUUAAUGAUUUUAUAUUUUCAUCAUUUUUUAUAAUAAAUAUUUUUUAAUCUUUUGUCUAAUCGUUUUAAUGAAUUAUACUUAAUUUAUGUUUUUUUUUUAAUUUUUAAAUUAAAUAUUAAUUUAUUAAUCCUUUUUAAAAAAAAUUUAAAAGUUUUGGAUUUGUCAUCUUUAAAAAAUAAUUUGAUUACCAUAUAACCUGUAUUAAUUGCCCUCCCUUAAAUAGUUACCCCACUUGUAUUACCCCCUCCAGCGAUAGAUUGAAAUAUUAAUUACCCCCAAUAAAUUUAAUGAUUUUAUAUUUUUUUAUACCCUAAAACACGUUAUAAUUUCAAACCUCAUAUAAUUGCCCUCCCUCAGCAUCAUUUAUUUUAACAAUUUCCGUUUAUCCUAAACAUUUUAUUUUUAAAUAUUAUUUUUUUGAUAAUUUAUUAUUUUAAUAAAUCUCUUCAUUCUACACAUUAAAAUAACACUUUCUGCCAUUUAUUUAUUUUUCUGCAUGCAAAUUUUUUUUAUCUCGAAUGUCUUUAAUGAGCAAAGGUUGCAAAAUGCGUGCGCGGCAGAUGUAUUUUGUAUUUAUUUAUUUAAAGACGAUAAUCAUAUUUUCGACGGAAGUUUGUCUUUAUUUAGGAGUUUUUUGAGUCUUUAA